GACGCUAGUUACCAUUGAAACUCAAAAGCGCCGUUUGUGCCGUUUUGUUUUGUUUGGUUUGUGUGGAAUAAAAUAAAUAUUAAAAAUGACAGCUGUCACUCGCACCGUUGCCGAGCUUGUUGACGCUAAAGUUGUCAAACGGGAGCGCGUGUAUGACUACUUGUAUGAGCCCAUAUAUUUCGUUUCUUCUGAGGUCGACCAUGUCAAGUCCAGUUUUAAGACCUUUAAGGAGCGAGUUAGAAAAUUGCCAGAGUUUGAAUCCAUGUUCAGCAAUGGGAGGGUCACCUUUCGUCUGGACCCCGCCGAUCCGCUGCCGCUUUCCGUGGACCGCCGUUGGCGUGGCAAUGCGGAACAACGACAGCAGGCCCUACAGGAACUGGCUGGAUUUAUUCCAAGUAUUCAGCCCUUGAUGAAAACAAGAGAAGUGUGUCAGCCGAGCGGAGCUGACCGCUGGAAAUAUUUUAAAAGGCCUCUCCUUCCAUAUGUGCAACAGAUUCCCCUGAUUGGGAAUCAUGAUGGUUAUCAUCAAGAUGAGUUCGAAGCCAGUGGCAGACAUCACGCUGAGGGCGUUCCCACCCACGUUACAGUGGCAGUGCAGACAGACUACAGGGAGAGCGAAGCGCAGACGGACCCGUACAGUCCUGACUAUGUGCUUCGCGCUGGCGCCGCCCCUUCAGAGCUGCUGGCGGUGGCGUCUUUCACUUGGGAGCGGGGUCUGCCCGCAAGCUUUGAAGAAGUGGAAAUGAUCGAGCGGGCGCGCGCCAGACGGGUGUGGGAGGCAAGGCUGCCCACACUCGACGACCCGAAUCUUCUGCGUAAAAGGAGGCGCAUGAUGGAGGAAAUGGAAGCUCGAGAGUGGGCCUUCAGAGAAGGAAAAAUACAGAAGCUGCAGGACGCUCGUCUGGCCGUGCUGGGGGAGAUGCUGCAGCAGAAGGACCAGGCCCAGGUGACCUUGACCAAGGACAGACUCAACCACAUCUACUCCAAGCUGCUCAAAGAGAAGGAGAGCAAGCUGCACAAGGUGGACAAGGACCACAUGCGAUCAAUGAGGAAGCUGGAGGCUAAGCGGAGGAACAUGGAGGAGAACAUCAAGCAGCUGGGCACGUGUAAAGACUACACGGUGUACUCCUCUUUGACGUGCGCCUCGAGGGCAUGCGGCGACAACUUCGCCGUCAAGAAAACACAGAGUCACGACAUCCAACACCUGGAGACGUACGACGGCUUACUGAAUCGAGUGCAGAGACCCACUGACGCGUUUCUUAAGCAGCAAAAGAAAUUCACCAAACCCAAACUCAACACGAGCAAGGUCAUCGUCAAGCCCCCCGAGAGCAGAAGAAGCAUUCUGUUGGACAAAUACAAGGACCUGAAAGACGAUAUUUCCAAAUUUCUCGUCAAGAAGGAAAAGCCUGCUGCUCGUCCUGUCACUCCCACUGUGGAGGAGCCUCCGGAGGGGGAAGAGGAGAAGGAGCUGGCAGUCAUCCAUUUGCAGAAACUCCUGAGGGGAAGAAGCAUCCAAACGGAGAUAUUCACGAGCAAAGAGAACCACUUGGACCUCAUCAAGGAGCUGAGGACGGCCCACGCCCUGCGAGCGGAGGAGCAGCAGAUGCAAAGGGCCGACAAAGAGAUGGUCGUGGCCCUCAAAGCGGAGAGAGACAAGCUGCGGCUCGAGCGGUCCCGCGGGGAGGCUCGACACGCCGCCGCCGUGGGCGCCGAGCUGGAGUACGUGUUCGAUACCCUGUCCAAGGAGCUGAUCCGUCUGCAGGAGGAGCGCCGCAUCCACGCCUUCACGCUGCUGGCCGAGCGGGAGCGUCUGCGGCGCGAGGCAGAGGAGAGCGGCAGGAGGCAGGUGGAGGAACGCCGCCGCAGGGAGGACGACCAGAUCUUCAGAGAAGUGGUGAAGGUCCACCAGGAGACGGUGGACUUGUACUUUGAGGACAUCAUCUUGGAUACCAUGGAGAUCACAGCAGACCAGCAGGCCCGAGAGGAGAUCCGCAGGGUGGCCAAGGAGGUCAACGACAUCGCCUACGCCAUCGAGGAGAGCCGCAACAACCUUCAGUCGGAGGAGAUCGUGUCGGAGUUGGUCUACGGGUUCCUGAUUCCUGAAGUAGAGAAGAUCAGAGUCCGGCAGAGAGUGCACGAGAGGCAGCGCAGGCACCUGCUGGCGGUGCGCAGCAUCGUGGAGGGCAACGCCGAGCCGCAGAUCGCGGCGAGCACCAUGGGCACACCGCAGGUGACGCGCCCCUCCGAAGUGGCCGCCCGGCAGGUCCUGGACGACGCGCUGCUCCCGGGUCUCAGCGGAGCCAAGUAGUCCCCACCGGGCAAUUCGAAAACCACAGAGGAACUGUUCAAAGUCUAACAUUUUACCCACAAAUCAUAACACUACUCCCAAACAUUUCAGCGGAUUGCAACAGAGAAACCGGGAGUCACAGAAAUUUCACCCCAAAUAUCCCCAACGUUUCGGGUGUAGUGCAUUUCUUCAUAAAUGCGACACUUUCAAUUGGAUCAGGUGUAUGAUCAGCACUCAGCUUUCAUUGCCAGCCUUCAUUUCUCAGGGAACGCAAUCGAGAGAACGCGAAUGACCGAGCGUGACUCACCUCGUUAUCGCACCCCCUGUGGGGUCAACUAUGUUUUCUGAGGAAACCGCUUCUUGAGAUCUUCUUGUCACCAAUUCCGCUUUAAUUUUU